UAGAUACGUACAGAUGCAAUACAGGAUGUUUAACGAGAAUGUUCUAAGGAAGUUACCAUUACCCUUAAAUAAGGAGAAGAAGAUGCAAUAGGCAUAGUACCUCACUCGAUGAUCAGUAACUUCACAAGAAGGGCAGAUUGGCUGGCUUUUUCAACAGGAUGAUCAGUAUAUCUGAAGAUUUGAUCAGAGGCAUUGAGAUUUCUUUUAAAAGAGAUGAACUUCAGAAUUCUAGAUCUCUUAGAAAGUUGUGGUAUAUAGUUUAACAUAGAUGUAUUCCGACUUUGACUGAAGGGUGAACAUUGAAAUCAAUAUUGUUUGAUUUUGCAUUGAAAUGGUGUCUUGGCUACUUUGGUUUCACACUCCGGGUUCUGUAAUUUUGAUUUUGGCAAUUAUCCUUUGUUAUUUGAACCUAAUGAAAAUAAAUUUGCAUAGAUUAGAAGCUUUCUUCAACUUUUGCAAUUUAGUUUUUCACAAAGAUUUUUGUGAUGAGGUUUUUUUUUGGUUUACUUCGGAUUUUAUCAUAUUCUUCUGUGCAAAUACUUUAACUUAGCUUGAAACCUGUUGUAAUAGAAUGUUUUUAUCCAGGGCUGUCGUGAAAAUGAGAAGAACGAAGACAAAAGUGAUUUUUCUUCUUCUUUUCAAUCUUAAUAUGUUGCUUAGGCUGAUUAGUUAAUUUGCUUGUCAGGUGUAAUGACAGAGAAAAUGAUCCAUCUCAUGAAAAGCAGAUGUAAGUUUCUGAACCUCACUUUUAAGGUAAAAUGGCACACAUCUAGGAGAGUAAAAAAAAAACUAUCAAAGACUCGCAUGGAAUAGAGAAAUUAUUGUUACUGGGAUACAUCUGCACCAAAGCACAUGUGAUUUUGUCCCCUGGUUUGUAUGGGGUUUUGCUAUAUAUUUAUUUAAGCUGUCCAAAUCACUCACGGUUCUUUAUAAAAUUCUCAAGUGCAUCUUAGCUAUGACUAUAUAUAUAAAUAUAUGUAUCUGCAAAGUUACUAGUACCAGCACAUGGUUUGUGCCGAACCAUAGGAAGCAAAAAAGGAAACAAAGGCCAAAUGGAUAGAGCAUUUAUUACUUUAUGGGGGUGUUGGUUUUUUCGAUUGGCUUAUUAAAUUAGAACAAUGUUAUGUCAUUGUUAAUCUUACAAGUUACGUAAGUUUAGAUUCUUGCAAGCCUACUUUUAAGACAGAUCUCAAGCUCAUAAAUCUAUUUCAGAUGUCGUGUAGAGACUUUUGAAACUCAUUCAUUUGUACAAUCCAAGCACUUUUAAUUCUUACACUACAAACUUAGGUCUUCUCACUCCAGAUUAUGGAUCUAGAAAGUGUAUUUGUGCACUUAGAAAGUCAUUACCAAAUGGGCUCUUAGAUUACACCAAUUGGGAUUUCCUUACAGGAAGCUUGUGCAGGUUAAUUCAUAAAGGGAAUAAGAUUGUUGGAGAAAAGUGAAUUUGAAGCUGAUUGUUUGUAGCAGGGAUAGGGAUCAUUGUACAUGCUUUGUUCAAACUCUUUUUAGAUCCAAAGGACGAAAGCUGAAGACAAAGGGGAUGCAUGCAUGCGUCUAUUAGGGAGACCAAUUACUUGCUGGAAAACAGGUUGGAACUUAGGAACGAGGAAUUUCGCUACUUUUGUAGGUUAGGGCUUUAGGUAAACUAAUCACUGUGCUGCUCUCAUUCUCCCUCUGUUUUCCAAGAGACUGUUCUUCACAUCCUGAAUACACUUUCCUUGGCUGACCCCAUUUUCAAGAUUCCUCCACUGUCUCUGUCUCUGUCUACAGAUUUGGUAAAGCCAAGGAGUUAAGUUCAGUGGGUCUCUUUCAGCUUCCCAUCUCCUUCUUCCUUCUGAUGGAAAUGAUUUUGUUAUAGAACCCAGAAAUAUGAUGCAAGAUCUGUUGCAGAACAGGAAUCCAUGGAGCUUCUUCGAUGCCACUUACAAGGCUCUGUUUUGGAGCUUCACUUUCUUUUUCCCUCUCCUUCAUUUUCCCUCUUUUGCUCUUAACAGCGAUGGCGCCCUCUUGUUGUCUCUCAAACGCUCCAUUCUCGGCGAUCCCUUGUCUGUUUUCGCGAAUUGGAAUGUUUAUGAUGCGACACCCUGUUCUUGGCAUGGAGUCACCUGCACCGACCUCCGUGGCUAUGGCGGCGGAUGGCCGGAUUUGCUCAGAGUCACUGCCGUCUCACUCCCUGGCAGCCAGCUUCUGGGUUCCAUUCCUGAUGAGCUUGGAAGGAUCGAACACCUUCGUCUUCUUGAUCUUUCCGGUAAUUUCUUUAAUGGGUCUCUCCCGGUUUCCAUUUUCAAUGCUUCGGAGCUUCAGAUUCUUUCUCUUUCGAACAAUGUAAUCUCCGGGGAGUUGCCGGCGGAAUUUGGGGGUUUGAAGAGUCUUCAGGUUUUGAAUCUGUCUGAUAAUGCGUUGGCCGGGAAAUUGCCGGGAAAUCUCUCUGCUUUGAAGAAUCUCACCGUCGUUUCUCUGAGGAGUAAUUAUUUCGCCGGAGAGAUUCCUGGGAAUUUCAGUUGGGUUGAGGUUUUGGAUUUGUCUUCUAAUUUGCUCAAUGGGUCUUUGCCGGCGGAUUUUGGUGGGGAGAAACUACGGUAUUUGAACUUCUCUUACAAUAAAAUUUCAGGUCCCGUUCCACCGGAGUUCGCGAAGUGGAUUCCGGCGAAUGCGACGAUGGAUCUCUCUUUCAACAAUCUCACCGGAGCGAUUCCUCAGUCGGCUGCUCUGCUCAGCCAGAAAACAGAGGCGUUCGCCGGAAAUGAAGAUCUCUGUGGGAAGCCAUUGAAGCACCUCUGUUCGAUUCAUUCCUCUCUAACAACUCCCCCAAAUGUUUCUGAAAUUUCAUCUUCUUCUCCGGCAAUCGCCGCCAUACCAAAAACAAUCGUCUCUAUUCCAGCAACAAAGUCCCCCGGAGGUCCGAACGGGACGCAAACUUCUCAGCCGCAAAACACCAUGAAACCCAUCACAAUAGCCGCAAUUGCGGUCGGAGACCUUGCUGGAAUCACCAUUCUGGCCAUCGGGAUUCUCUACGUCUACCAUCACCGGAAACAAACAAAUCCAAAUUCCAAAACCUCCAAAUCCGCCGAGAAGAAGCCGCCGAUUGGCUCAGACCAAGACCACCAAAACAACCAAAGAAAACCCUCAUCGGCGUUGUUCUGUUUGGCCAACAAAGGAGAAGAUACAUCGGAGGCGACGAGUUCUUCCGACGGCGAAGAGCAGAGGGAGAAAUCCGGAGCAAACCACGGCGGAGUGAACAGAGACAGUGAGAAAAACGGCGUGCUGGUGACAUUGGACGGAGAAACAGAGAUGGAAUUGGAGACAUUGUUAAAGGCGUCAGCAUAUAUACUUGGAGCAAGCGGCGGAAGCAUCGUGUACAAGGCGGUGCUGGAGGACGGUACGGCGUUCGCCGUCAGAAGGAUCGGCGACGUCAACUUUGAGAGAUUGAGGGAUUUCGAGGCGCAAAUGAGAGCCAUUGCUAAGCUCCGACAUCAAAAUUUGGUGAAAAUUCGCGGGUUCUUUUGGGGAGAAGAUGAAAAGCUCAUAAUCUAUGAUUACGUCUCCAAUGGCUGCCUUGCAACCUCCCUUCACAAAAAACCGAGUUCAUCGUCUUCUUCCCAUAUCCAUCUAUCAUUUGAAGUCCGACUGAAAAUCGCAAGAGGAAUCGCCAGAGGAAUGGCCUUCAUCCACGACAAGAAGCACAUCCAUGGCAACCUGAAGCCUUCCAACAUCCUGUUAAACGCCGACAUGGAGCCCUUAAUCACCGAUCUCGGCCUCAACAAGCUCCUCUCCCGCAGUUCCAAGAUCGCCUUCGCCUCCACUUCAUCCCGGAACUUCGGCAGCCACAGAUCCACGCCGAAUCGCGAUCACCAUGACGGCGGUGGUGGAGGGAGCCCCGCGGUGAGCGUGGGAUCGGCGUACCAGGCGCCGGAAUCGCUGAAGAAUCUGAAACCGAGCCCUAAAUGGGACGUGUACUCGUUCGGGUUGAUUCUGGUGGAGCUUCUGAGCGGGAAAAUUGUGAGGGAGAGGGAGGGCGGCAUUGAAGACGAGGGGCGGAUGAAGAAGAUGGUGGAUCCGACGAUUAGAGGGGAAUUGGAAGGGAAAGAGGAGGCGGUAAUGGAGAUUUUUAGAUUAGGGUUUAGGUGUGCUUGUUUUGUGCCUCAAAAGAGACCCACCAUGAGAGAGGCUGUCCUAGUUCUGGAAAAAAUUUGUUCUUCCUAGAGCUAAUUGAUUUGAUCAUGGGGUUUCU